UCCCCAUUUCUUCAAACUUUAGCCGAUCAGUGUCCUCCACAAGGAAAAAAUAUAUACUCUACUACUAUAACCAAUACAAAAAUACUAGUCCCUCAAUAAGAAAAUCUAGACAAGUUUUUCUUUUCUUUUCUUUGUGAGCUCCCUUCCACCACCAACCUCUUGUCCGGCCGGCCGAAUUGUCCCGCUCCGGUUUGCUUCUUCUCCGGCGAGAGGAGAGGAGAGAGGAGUAGCUAACCUUGCCUGCUCCUCCUGUGAGCGGUCUCCUCCCCGCAGGGCUGAGGAGAUCUCUCGGGACCUCGGGACUGGGGCGUGUAUGAUGGGGAUUUCGCUUAUGCCGAUGAAGACGCCCACGAGGCUUCUGUGGAGCACCAGCUUCUUCCGCCAUAAGCUCGCCGCCAUGAUCGCCUCCUCGUCCUGCUUCUUAUAAGAGCCCCUCCUCCGCGCGGCAGCUGUACAUAUACCUACUUUCUCGUUUGAUUUAGCCCCCCACCGAUCGACGAACGACCAAGGCAACUUCUUGAAGCUUUUUUUCCCUGCGAUGGAGCCCGGCCGGCUCAUCUUCAACACGUCGGGCUCCGGCAACGGACAGAUGCUCUUCAUGGACUGCGGCGCCGGCGCCGCCGGCAUGUUCCAUCGAGGGGUGAGGCCGGUCCUCGGCGGCAUGGAAGAAGGGCGCGGCGUGAAGCGGCCCUUCUUCACCUCGCCGGACGACCUGCUGGAGGAGGAGUACUACGACGAGCAGCUCCCGGAGAAGAAGCGACGCCUCACCCCGGAGCAGGUCCACCUGCUGGAGAGGAGCUUCGAGGAGGAGAACAAGCUGGAGCCGGAAAGGAAGACGGAGCUGGCCCGCAAGCUCGGGCUGCAGCCGCGCCAGGUGGCCGUCUGGUUCCAGAACCGCCGCGCCCGGUGGAAGACAAAGACGCUCGAGCGCGACUUCGACCGCCUCAAGGCGUCCUUCGACGCCCUCCGCGCCGACCACGACGCCCUCCUCCAGGACAACCACCGGCUCCGGUCACAGGUGGUGACGUUGACCGAGAAGAUGCAAGAGAAGGAGGCGCCGGAAGGCUGCUUCGGCGCGGCCGUCGACGCCUCGGAGUCGGAGCAGGCCACGGCGGAGGCGAAGGCUUCCUUGGCCGACGCCGAAGAGCAAGCCGCGGCAGCGGAGGCGUUCGAGGUGCAGCAGCAGCAGCAGCAGCAGCUGCAUGUGAAGGACGAGGAGAGGCUGAGCCCGGGGAGCGGCGGGAGCGCGAUCCUGGACGCGAGGGACGCGCUGCUCGGAGGCGGCUGCGGCCUCGCCGGCGUGGUCGACAGCAGCGUGGACUCGUACUGCUUCCCGGGGGGCGCCGGUGCCGACGAGUACCACGAGUGCGUGGUGGGCCCCGUGGCGGGCGGGAUCCAGUCGGAGGAGGACGACGGCGCGGGCAGCGACGAGGGCUGCAGCUACUACCCCGACGACGCCGCCGCCGUCUUCUUCGCUGCCGCGCAAGGGCAGCACCACCAUCACACGGACGAUGACGAUCAGGACGAUGGUCAGAUCAGCUACUGGAUGUGGAACUAGCAGGCUAGCUCGCGCAUCAAGCGUGCGUGCGUGCGCUCGCCCCGAAAUCAAUCAAUUUCGUAUAUUUCGCUCUAUAUCAGUAAAAGUUCGUGGCUUUUGUUUUCUCUUCUUGUAUGCUUCCCGGUGUAAUGUUGGGUCACUACGAAGAAGCUGUAUGCAUAUGCAUUGUACGAGUUAGGGUAAUAUAGAGUAGUAUGUGGUAAAAUCUGUCCUGAUGUACGAGAAAUAAGUGCACGGACUCAAAAGCAUUCUUGUAUGGCACAGUACAUCAUGUCAAAUGAGAUUUUUUAAUCAUGUAA